AGAGUGAUUAGCACAACGACGCGAACAUUGUUAACACAGUCGAGUACACUGACACUGAGGUAUAUGCCUCAGGCUGGAUAUUCGUCAUUGACUGAUCCCGACGCACCACUGACCGACGUGGAGAAGAUGAGAAAGAGACUGCUGUGGCAGAGCAAGGAGAGAGGAAUGCUUGAGAACGAUCUACUGCUUGGAACAUUCGCCACAAAGAACAUUGCUACAUUGACCGAACAACAGUUGCGCGAUUACGACAUACUCAUUCAGCAGCCAGACCCCGACAUUUACAAUUGGGCACUUAGCAAAGAGGACGUUCCAGACGAGCUCAACACCGAUGUCAUGAAGCUACUCCAACAUCAUUGCACCAACAAUCCAAUGGGCUAUCCUACAAAGAAUAGG